CCGGUGAGGUUUCGGUGGGUUUUUUCUUGCUGCACUGACACAGCGGGCUGGUUGGUUUAUCGUUCCCCUCAGACGUGACAGACCUGCGUUAUUUUUACACACCGAAAUUACCGGUAAAAAUGUCGGAUUUCGAGGAAUUUGAGAAACAACUGAGCGAGAAUCGACAAGAGAGAGAACGAGAGAGACACAAGAAGAGGAGUCGCAGUGGUUCUCCGGGUCGAGGCGAUAAACAUCGCAGCUGGAGCAAAGACCGAGGGAGCCGCAGCCGGGAGAAGAGAAGCCGCAGCCGAGACCGGAAGAGCCGGGACCGCCGGAGCUCCUCCCGGGACCACAAGAAGCACAGUCACUCUCCGAGGCGAACGAGGAAGAAAAGGACGUGCAAAUACUGGGACGUUCCUCCUCCGGGCUUUGAACACAUCACACCAAUGCAAUAUAAAGCUAUGCAAGCGGCCGGGCAGAUACCAACAAUAGCUCUGCUGGCGACGUCCACCACCACCGGAGUGGCUGCGGCUCCGACACAAGUGCCCAUAGUUGGCAGUCAGAUGACGAGACAAGCCCGACGCCUCUAUGUUGGGAAUAUUCCCUUCGGAGUGACUGAGGAGUCCAUGGCGGAGUUCUUCAACGCUCAGAUGAGACUCGCAGGUCUUUCACAAGCCCCGAGCAACCCUGUACUCGCCGUGCAGAUCAAUCAGGAUAAAAACUUUGCUUUCCUCGAGUUUCGGUCUGUGGACGAGACGACGCAGGCCAUGGCCUUCGAUGGAAUCAUUUUCCAGGGUCAAUCGCUGAAGAUUAGAAGACCUCACGACUAUCGGCCUUUACCCGGAAUCUCGGAGCAGCCCGCCUUCCACGUCCCGGGCGUCGUCUCCACAGUCGUUCCCGAUUCCCCCCACAAACUGUUUAUAGGAGGGCUGCCCAACUACCUUAACGAUGACCAGGUAAAGGAGCUCUUGACGUCAUUCGGGCCCCUCAAAGCGUUCAACCUAGUGAAGGACAGUGCCACGUCACUGUCGAAAGGUUACGCCUUUUGCGAAUAUGUCGACGUCAGCGCCACCGAUCAGGCAGUCGCUGGGCUCAAUGGGAUGCAACUGGGCGACAAAAAGCUGAUAGUCCAAAGGGCGAGCGUGGGAGCUAAAAACGCCAAUCCUACCUCCAUCAUAGAGACCCCGGUGACGCUGCAGGUCCCCGGGCUCCAGAGGCUGCAGAACUCCGGCAUGCCCACAGAGGUGCUGUGCCUUCUCAACAUGGUGAUGCCCGAGGAACUGGUGGACGACGAGGACUACGAGGAGAUCCUGGAGGACAUCCGCGAGGAGUGCUGCAAGUACGGCAGCGUCCGCUCCAUCGAGAUCCCCCGACCCGUCGACGGCGUGGAGGUCCCCGGCUGCGGAAAGAUCUUUGUGGAGUACGUUUCUGCUGCAGACUGUCAGAAAGCCAUGCAAGCUCUCACCGGCCGCAAGUUCGCCAACAGGGUGGUGGUCACCAAAUACUACGAUCCAGACAUGUAUCACAGACACGAGUUCUGAAAGCACAUCCUCCUUCUUUUCUGUUUUCUUUACUCCUCUGAAUGUCGUGAACGUGUCCUUAGAGACUAGACCUGGAAGAGACUUGUUUUACUACAUCUUCUACUUAAACUGGACUGCAGUGUGUGUUUUCUUCAGUACUGAAUAAUAUCUAACUCCCAGCUUUUAGCCUAAUACUCACACAGUGAACUUAUCUCAUUCUGAAUUUUAAAAGAAAUGCAGUAGUAUUACAUUUGUAGUAGAAUGAAUGUGACAUAUAUCUUAUCCUAAAAACCCUGAACUAAUACUGCCUGACAUUGCCAGAGUAGCUGUCUAUCAAGUAUGCACUAAAAAAAACAACAGUCAAAUGUUUAGAUUUCCCUCCUGAGCACAAACAUUUAUUUCUGUUUUAUCUUUUGUGGCUAUGAGAGAAAAAAAAAACAACCUUUUUAUUUAUUUAUUUAUUUUUCCAAAGUAAUAUUUUCCUCUACACGUCUCAUAUAUUAUCCUUAAACUUAUACUAUUAGCUGCUUACACAGACCGAACCUUUCCUCGGCCUUCAAAGCUCACUUUGUAAAUAUUAAAUAAACGUCUAAAGAUGCGAGAUGUACGACAUUGGCCGUCACACUGGAAGCUACUACUUGAAACGCACAUUUUAUUGUGUAUCGGUCGAAACAUAUUAAACAAACUUUUUCGGAGCGUUCGUUGACCGUUUUUUAAACCCCCCCCCCCACACACACACAAAACAGCGUGCGUCCAAUGGUAGCUUAGCAACCGUAACUAGGGCUGUAGUAAGAGCAAUACGUGUAAAUAGGUUGGUCGUAUUCGCCGCCGUACGAAGUCCAUUUAUUUAGGUGGGGAAGCUAACAUCAAAAGCUCAAGAAAGCGGCGUUAUAAAUGUGGAUUUUCCCGAUUUAUCGAGACGUCUGUCAGCGUUUUGUUCUUCAGUCGUGGAAAACGUUUUAAAUUCGCAGUUAAUUUUCUUAAAGCUGCCAAAUAUUUGAAAUCUACACAUUUGAUUUCUCGCCAUCAGAAGUUAAUUUAGUGAUUAAAAUGACCAAACCAUGUGAUUGUGUCGGCGCUUUGCGAGGUGGGACGCACUCUGCAUACUGGAGAUAUUUUCCGAAUCAGCGCGACAUCCGUAAAGCUAGUCCUGGAUGCUAACGAGCUAACAUUAGUAGCUCAGUGUGCCAAAUACAUCGGUUAGCCCUUUCCCUAAAAGUGUGUAAGUUAAGCAGCCAGAAGGGUUAAAAUAAUUCUCUGAUUUCACAUUUUUACUUAUCAUACUUGUAAUUCUUUGGCUAACUCAGCUAACGUUAGCUCUAAACCGCAGUACAACGUCAACACUAGCCUUUUAGCACCUGUUAGCUUUAGCCUAAAUAUUUUAGCACAAUUUCAUGUAUGUAGCCAUUAACUGCACAUUAAAGACCACUUUUACCAGAUUUAUUCACUUUAAAAAAAGUUGGAGUCGUUCAUAAAAAGUCGGAGACGCCAAACGAGUAUGGUUAACGUUAGCCUAAUGAGCUAGCUAGCUACAGCUACUAAAACCCGGGUUCAGCCAUUGUUCUUAAUCCCAAACUUUAAUAGUGUGAAAUAUACAUGGUCAAAGGACAAAUAGCAGUGUAUAUUUUCAGAAAUGAGGCCGUCAGGGGGCGUUAGGGUUUUGUUUCCGUCCAACAGGAUAUUUUUCGGGGCUUCAAAAGUCCCCAAAAAUCUGCCAGCAACACUUAUUUCAGCUUAUAAAGUCGUCACCGGCUACAAAUAAGCUGCUUUUGUCUUCCUCGGUCUUCAGUCAAAAGCCUGUUGUUUAAAUUGUUUAAUAAAAAGAAGCUAAAAUGUAAACUGUGCUUAGCAACAGUAACCAAGGGGGCGGGGCUUAACAAACAGUCACCAGCAAUAAGAACCAAUCAAAUCUGUCUCCACGGUCUCCUUUUCAAAAUAAAAGCUGAUAUGCACAUGUUAAGAAAAGCACCUUUACGUUUGUAGAUAGUAAAACUGAAUGAAUUAUUAUUAUUAUUAUUAUUUUUAAGCUUUGUUCUCUGUGUGAUGUUUUUUUUUUUGUUUUGUUUUUUGCAAGAAAAUGUACGAACUUAAAAACAUUAAUUUAUUACAAAAUAAGUUUGAUCUGCUUGAAAAGUACGAAAAGUGUCCAGACUCAUUUAGUCCGACGUUUCGGACGUCCGCACACUAACAAUAUGUUCCCUUUCAAAGUACAUAAAACUGUAUUUUAGUGUAAUAGUUGGAACAUAUCAACUGAUUAAUUAACAGCCGCUGUAUUUUAUACGUUUUUUGGAUGGCCAGACAUUUAAAAGAAACAGUUUUAGUUUGUACAAUCCCUGCCACUGCCAUCGCCUUGAAUAAAUGCUUGCAUCCACUCA